AUGAAAGUUUCACUUCUGGGAAAGCCAUCAAAUAGUGUGCCCAAAUUGAGCAGUAUUACUCCUUUACCUCAUAGAGAAGCAUCACCAAUGAACCAUUUUAGAGAUAGCUCCUUUCAUGCGUCCAAAGCUUAUCUCGAAAUGAGAUUUAAUCCAUCAUUAAAGAAUGAUUUAAGUCAUUCUCCCCGCAAGAAGUUAUAUUACAAGAUCCACCAUGAGAGCUCUGGCAGUAAUAGCCCAAAAAAUAAAUCAAGAUCUCCCCCACGAAAAAUCAUUGCUGGAAACGGUAAAAACCCACAUUUAAUUAAACAAGCUCUGAUACAGAAAUCAGAAGAAAAUAUAUUACAUCAAAUUCACAAUUUGAAUGAAAACCCAAAAUUGGGAAAUCUAAAGAAUAUGUAUCAUAAACAAAAUGAGUUUUAUCGUAAAUCCCUUCAUAAAAGAGUAAAAUACCUCAAACACUUGCAAAGCAAAGCAAUUGAAGUAAUCCAUAAAUAUGUAGAUGAUGUAAUUGAACAAGAAAAACUAUUGCACUCACUAGAAAAGGUUUAA